AUGAGUGAAAGAAAUCAAAGUGAGCAGAAAAAUUAUUUUGAUCCAAAGGACGAGAAAAUACAAAAGGAGAUAUUGAUGAUGAUAACUCAGUAUCUCGAUGAGACCGGUUUCCGCUCUUCAGCUCAAAUUCUGAGCGAUGAAGCAAAAAUUAAUUCGUCAAAAGACUCAAAUAGAAAGCAAGAAAUGAAUUCAUUAAAAGCCUCUCUUAAAGCAGGUGACUGGACGCAAAUUGAAUCACUUCAACUCGAUAAAACUCAAUCUCCAAGAUUUAUUUAUCAGCUUUACAGAUAUCACUUUCUCGAACUUGUUGUUUCCGGUGAUGCUCAUGCUGCUUUACAAUUUUUGUCAUCAAGAUUAAGACCAUAUAAAGCCUUCGAAGACCCAACAGGAGAUUUUGACUCUCUUUGCCUUCUUUUAGUCGAUUCAGCAUCAACAUCUGGAAUUGAGACGCCACCAAAUCUCGCAGAGGCCCUCGAUAAGCUUCUUUCUCUUGUAGAUACAAGUUUAGAAAGUAUUACAUACAAUUCUUCACAGAGAUCCGAUACAAUUCCAAAAGGAAGGCUUGUUCGACUUAUGCAACAAGCUGUCUCACUGCAGCUCUCAUGCUAUCCACGUGGAGCCGUCAAAUCAAUUGUCAACAAUUUCAAGCCGGCAAUUCUUCCAUCAUGUGUUCCAAAGUCACUCCCUGUCGAACACAAAGGCCCCAUCAAGACGAUAUCAGUCAUUCCUGGCACAGAUACCUUCAUUUCAGGUGGAGCUGAUUCAAAUGUCAUUGUUUGGGAUCUCAAACGCAAGAUGAAGUCCUGCGUUCUCAAAGGCCACACGGGACGCGUCUGGUCUGUCGUUGCGAAGAAGCCAACCGUUGCUGCUUCAUCUGGCGGUGACGGAACAAUCAGAAUCUGGAAUCUUCAAAGCAGAGAAACUCGAUAUACAAUACAAGAUUUUACUAACGACGUCUACGCUGUCGAUAUGGACUCCAGUGGUGCAAAAUUGAUAUCUGGCGGUUUUGACAGAACAUUUUGCCUUUACGAUAUCGAAUCUGGAAAGCCCGUAUUCAAGAAGCAAGGCCAUUUGGCUUCAAUUACGUCAGUUCUUUUUGAUCCUUCUGGCAAUAUGGCAAUUACCGGUGGAAAGGACCUUGCAAUCAAGAUCUGGGAUAUCAGGAAUGCUUUGGUAGUCAGAGUGCUCGCUCCUGUACUUUCUGAAGUCACAUCUGUUCACGCAGAUCGCAGUUUCUCAUAUAUCCUUGGUUCUACGAAGAAUUCGACCAUCAGACUUUGGGACAUGAGAAUGUCCGAGGCUGUAAACCUCCUCCGCGGUCAUUCCAACACAUCAAAGCAUUUUGUCAGAGCUUGUUUUGGUCCGGACGAUAGAACUGUACUCUCUGGCAGUGACGAUGGAAAAAUUUACGUCUUUGGAGCUACUUCCGGAAACAUUUUGGAGUCAUUUCCAGCUCAUCCGAAGGGAUCUUACGGUAUGGUGUACUGCGAGUCGAUGAGACAGUUCAUUUCAUACGGUGAAGAUAAUCUUAUCCAGGUUUGGGAUGAAAAAUCUAAUUAA